AGCAGCCCCGAGCCCACGCGGUUGCCCCGCUCAGGCCGCAGCUGCCCCGGCUCCGCCGGCAUCGCCCGCCCGGCAGCCGCAGAGCAGCAUUUCCCACUCCCCAGCCUCGGCCCGAUGCAGCAGCAGCAGCAGCAGCAGCAGGAGGAGGAGGAGGGGGCGGCGAGGAAGAGGAAGAUGGCCCGGGAGCCCCAGGCAGAGCAGGAGCCGGGCGUGGAGAGCAGGGAGGAGAAAUCCCCGCGGCAGAAGCUGCUGGAAGAGGCCCUUUGGAGCGGCUCCGCGGCGCAGGAACCCAACGGGGAGGAAAAGCCCCGGAGAUGCCUCGCGAGGAGGGGCUGCGAGCGCAGAUGGCGGGGAUCGCAGGGGGAAAGAGCCAGCCCGGGCCGGGGAGGCGGCCGGAGCUCGGAGCUGGGGGUCCACGAGCCGCUCCAGGAUGGGGAGAAGCCCCACGAGUGCUCGGAGUGCGGGAAGAGCUUCAGGCGGAAAUCCGAGCUGGUCAUCCACCAGAGGAUCCACAGCGGGGAGAGGCCCUACAGGUGUGGGGAGUGUGGGAAGGGCUUCAGGUUGAGGUCCAGCCUGAACGUCCACCAGAGGAUCCACACCGGGGAGAGGCCCUACAAGUGUGGGGAGUGCGGGAAGAGCUUCAGAGGGAGCACCAACCUGAUUGUGCACCAGAGGGGCCACACCGGGGAGAGGCCCUACGAGUGUGGGCAGUGCCAGAAGAGGUUUCGGGGCAGCAGUCACCUCGUUGAGCACCAGCGCUCUCACACUGACGAGAGGCCCUUCCGCUGCCCCGACUGCGGCAAGAGCUUCAACCGCAGCUCCACCCUCACCAGGCACCGGCGCGUCCACACCGGGGAGAGGCCCUACGAGUGCGGCAAAUGCAGGAAGAGGUUCCAGAGCACCUCUGAUCUCCUCGUGCACCAGCGCAUCCACACGGACGAGAGGCCCUUCCGCUGCCCCGACUGCGGGAAGGGCUUCAAGCACAACUCCGUCCUCGUCACCCACCGGAGGAUCCACACCGGGGAGAGGCCCUACGAGUGCGGGGAGUGCGGGAAGGGCUUCAGCGAGAACUUCAGCCUGAUUGUCCACCAGAGGGGCCACACCGGGGAGAGGCCGUACGAGUGCGGGCAGUGCCAGAAGAGGUUCCGCACCAGCUCCCAUCUCCUCCCGCACCAGCGCUCACACGCGCAGGAGAGGCCCUUCCGCUGCCCCGAGUGCGGGAAGGGCUUCAAGCAGAACUUUACCCUCACCAGGCACCGGCGCACCCACACCCAGGAGAGGCCCUACGAGUGCGGGCAGUGCGGGAAAAGGUUUCGGACCAGCUGUGAUCUUCUCAAGCACCAGCGCUUCCACACGGACGAGAGGCCCUUCCGCUGCCCCGACUGCGGGAAGGGCUUCAAGCUGAACUCCCACCUCGCCAGGCACCGGCGCGUCCACACCGGGGAGAGGCCCUACGAGUGCAGGCAGUGCGGGAAGAGCUUCUCACAGAGCUCGACCCUGAGCAGACACCAGUGCAGCCGGGACCACAAGGGCAGCGCUGCGAGAGCCCCGAGCGCGGGAAGAGCUCCGCGCGCCACUCCAGCUCCGACCCCCGCGGGAGGAUCCGCGCUGGAUGAUCCCCGGCGGGCAGAGCCCCGGUGAUCCGUGUUGGGAAGACACCUGCCUGGGGGGUUCUGCGUCCUCCCGGCUCCCCGUGGCCUGGAUUUUCUUUUUGCUUCCUUUUUGUACUUUUCAAACACCCAAAACUCAAUUAAAAAUAGAGAAGUUUAACAAGGAUUGGUGACGUGGGGGGGAUCUUCCAGGAGAUGAGGGGGAUGUUGAGUCCGAGGGAGCUGAGGGUUUCCAGGAGGGACUUGGGGGUUGCUCAGGGCUUUGGGCACCCCAGGCCCAGCGGCUCUGGCUGAGCUGGGAGACCCUGGCGGAGGUUCUGGGGCAGCUGAUGGAGGAGCCCCUGCCCUGGAGGUGUCCCCAUGUCCCCCGUCCUGGUUCCUGCUGUCAGCUGUGCAGGAUUCCUCUGUCCCUGCUGUCACCCUCUGUGCCCCCAGCCUGUUCCCAAUUCUCUCCAUUCCCGAUCCCAUCCUGCUCCCAUCCCAGUCCGGAUCCCACUCCCAGUCUCAUUCCCUGUCCCCCUAUUCUGUGUCUGCUCGCCUUUCCUCUAUUCCCUGGCCCCGCCCCGGCUCUGACGUCACCGAGCAAACCCCGCGCUGCUGCCGCCCACCAAUCCCAGCGCGCGAUCGCUCCCGGAUUUGCAUGGCCCCGCCCCUGGGCUUGGCCCCGCCCGCCGCCGGCUGCGGCCGCCUCCGGGCGCGGU